GAAAAUGUGAACAUGUUGAAGGAUUUGCAGGACAUCGCAAAACUCUAUGCUGACCAAAGCAGUUGCAUCAUUGUAUUUGUCAGUAGCGAGGGAACAGUGCUACGCAUGAUGAUGCGUGGCCGGAUUCGUGAUCUUAAGGAAUAUGGGAAUAUGAUAAAUAGAGGCAAGACAUUCGAAGUGGUUCGUAAAAUUGUGCUCGGUGCCGUCAAUCACAACUUUCACCAGGCUCAAAUGAUGAAGGGCGAAAGAAAUCAUGUCAUUGGCAAGGUCAUCGUCCAAGAGUUGGUGAAAAAUGAAAAAAUCCAUUUUGAUAUAUUCAUCGAGCUCGUCAACAACAAACAAAUAGCCGAUGAACUGCUACAGGCCAAUGUUUUCUCAUAUAACCCGGAAAGCAGAACUGUCAUCUUCCAGUCUCGCGCAACUGAAGUUUUUGUGAGAGAGAGUCGACAAGGGUAG